GACGUCAUCUUCCCUCGACGGUCGCAACUGGAAGACCCUUUACCGGUUGGUUUUUGUUGUGGAUAACAUCUUGCCCGUCCUUCAGAAGGAAAAUGUACUACAAGUUCAGCGGAUUCACCCAGAAACUGACGGGUUCUGCGCCCACGGCCGCCUACAGCCCUCAGGGGCUGAGGCCAGGUGUGCCAGCAGAAGCCCCACCCAUGAUCUUCGCCUCCCCCACCAAACUGGUGUCGGAGGCUGGGACCGUGGUGGAGUACAUCACACCAAACCGGGUUCCUGACCUGCAGAAACUAUUCCAGAUAUCGGACGGUGUCCCCAUUCAUUUGAAGCGGGGCGUCCCUGACAGGCUACUGUACCGCACCACCAUGGCCCUCACCAUCGGAGGGACCCUCUACUGCCUGGUGGCUCUUUACUUCGCAGCCCAGCCCAACAAUAAGUGAUCAACACAAAACCCCCGGACCUUUCUACAUCACCUCUAACACCCAACAUUCCCAGUGUCCAUCUGCCUCGCCAUAAAACCUCUUGGGACUGUAAUUAAAACAUCACCCCUCAAUUUAAACAGUAAUAAUGUCCAUUUUCUUUGUAAAAACAAAUGUCUAAAUUAAUAAAUUUUAAAGGGAAUCAAAUGUAAAACAUGCUUCUUUUCUCCUAUUUGUCUGUCACUGAAACAGCACUCACUGUAUCAGACGUGUUGCCAAUAGACAGCAAGAUGCACGGACAUCUAUAAGAGCUUCUUACAAAUGGCAAAAGAUAAACAAAGAUGUUUCUAGUCUCGCAUCUUUAAAUAGGCGUGUGGUUGAGCAUUGAUAAGCAUCUUUGUGCAAGAGAGAGCAAGCAUGAUGGAGUCACCCCGUCUGUAACAUGGCUGCAGCUCUAUUGGCUCGAUGCAUGCAGUAUUUACGUGUGUGGGCUCUGGAGUGAUGUCAGAGGGAGGCUGUUUCAGACUGACAGCCACGCAUUAAGCUGCUUAAACACUGAUGCCAUAGCUCUGCAUUGUUCACGUAUGUUCAUUUUGUAGCAACUUUAUUUGUCAUUAUUUCCAGGCAAAACGUCAGUUAACCGGGCUAUAGUCCACACUUCUCGCAGAAGAACUGGGCCUUUCGAUAGAAUGUUACCACAAGACACAGGUUACUUCAGACAUUCAGUGAAAUUAAAUAUAUUUUUUCCAAUUUAUAA